GUGCCAGCGCAGCUGGAUACUUUCUGCUGUGCCAGCAGAGCCACAAAACUAAAGGCGGCAUUAGAUCGAUCAUGGCUCGUAGAAGAUCAAAACAAGCACCUUUGCCUUUCUAUGGUUUGGUCUGUAAGGAUUGUUUUGAAGACUACCCCAAGAACACAAAACUCCUGAACACACAGUGCCAGUGCUCACCAUCUCACAAAUCCUCCACGGUAAAAGAUCUAAUUCAUGUAGCAGUCAAUGAUGAGGAUAUGCUGGAAAAAAUCAGACCAUUGCCAAAGAAGUCACCCCCAGGGAAAGGGUUUGUCUUAUGUAAGAAUGCGGACGGAUCGUGUUAUCGAGGGGACAAGUGUACGUAUGCACACGGCAAGGCAGAGCAGAAGGCUUGGAAUGCCCAGUUAAGUGGCAGCAAGAUUGGAAUUGUCAACACACCAACUUCUGCUGUUUCCGGCUCAUCGCCCGCACAAGCCACGUGGCCAAAGAAACCACCCCCCCGUUUCAGGCGCCAAGUCAGCCCACAGCAGCAGUCUCAAGGGAGAGGUUAUCCACGUUCCAGGAGUGAGAGUCGGUCGCAUUCUGAAAGCUCAACUCAUUCUGAAUCAGUGGGUGGUGACUAUCAACAAGAGCGUAAAGUAUCAACUCCUAAGCAACAAAGAGCUGUUGAAGCUCAGCGACAAAUACGUGUGUCUCCAUCCCACAAUAUCAAAAACAGGCCUGCUACUGGUUUUCCUCAACAAGUACCGCCUCGACCCCCUCCUGUUGCUCAUUCUGGUAGUAAGCCCCAAAUGUCGUCACCCCCCAACCCCAAGUAUGUCCAGCCUCACCUACAUUCUCCAGCCAGUGAGCCUCAGGGUGUUCGAAUUUCAGACGUAGUACACGCCCCCCUAUCUGCGGAUAACUAUAAGAGCAAGUUCACUGAACUACUCAAGCUGGAGGAAAAGGAGCAAAUUAGAGUGCUUAAAGAAAAAUGUAAUGGAGAGUAUGAUCUGUUUCUCUACCAGGACGGGACUAAACCACCAGCUCUGAGACGACCGCCCGAUGAUCAAUAUCGUCGCUAUGGCUACCUGGAAAACAUCAGCGGAGACCAAGUUGCAUAUGCAACACAAGCCAGCCAAGGCUCGAUUUAUGUCCUCAACCUCGGCCAGGUGAAUAUCUGUAAAGCUGAUAUCCUUCGAGACAACUACAGCCAUGCUGAGGAGAAGCUGUAUAUUGGCUUUGAAGCCCAAGAGGAGCAGAAAUUACAACAUGGGUUUCCAGCAGCGGGAAGCAGGAAUCUUACACGAAUAAGCGUUGUCGUGAAGUUCAUGUUAAAGCAUUCGUAUUUCCAAAAUCUCAAGUCUUGUGUAACAAAAGCAGCACCUAUUAUCCAGAAAAUUGUACCUACUAAAAUUCAUUCGUUCAUCCCAGAGCCAGUUGAUAUUGGAAUCGAUCCUCUUAAGCCUUUUGAUAGCCUCUGUUCUCCUGAUCAGCUUGCUGCAUUAGAAUCCAUUCUAACCUGCUCCCCCCGAGGUCCACCUAAUAUAAUUGUGGGGCCGUCUGGUUCUGGGAAGACGCGUCUUCUAGCAAUGGCUGCCAGCUGCUUCUUUGCUGAAGCUCGCAUCAAACACCAACCUGCUCGUAUUCUAGUGAGCACUCAACAGCGAGAGUCGGUGGAUAAAUUCUAUGACCACUAUCAAAAUGUUAUGACUGGCAAAGAGGAUGAUGUUGAAGUGAUUAUUUUGAGGGAUCGUGGCUUCAAACGUAUCGGUACAGAAGACUACAAAACAGUUCAAAGAUUUCUUGAUGUUCAACAAAAUUAUCUUGUGAUGUCAACAUGCAUGAUGGUACGUGAGCUGGUUAGAGAUCUUGGUGAUCGAUUCUUCACUCAUAUUCUGAUUGAUGAGGGGGCCCAGAUGCGGGAGCCUGAGGCUAUUGCCCCCCUCUCUCUGGCUCAUCCUGAUACAACCAAGAUUGUGAUCGCUGGAGAUCAGCAUCAGAUUGGUCCAGCAAUGCUUGUGUUUGGAGAGGUCCCAUCAUCGGGUGGUCUUGCCACUUCGUUACUAGAGCGACUACACUCAUCAUACAAGCGUCUCCAACAAGAAUUCUACAUCUCCACACUUAUAACCAACUAUCGAUCUCACCCAGCCAUCUUUGAGCUCCCCUCGUCCUUGUUUUACAAGCCCCCCCUGAUUGUAAUUAAUCCUGACCCCCCAUCCUUACACCCCCUGUACCCCUACCCCCUGGUGUUUUUGUGCUCCAACAAAGAUGUAGACCAGCCUGUAAUACAGGUUGACGACAAUGUAAAUAAGGUCGAGGCAGAAAUCCUGCUGGAUGAGGUCAACAAGUUUGCCAUUGCUAAGAGUUGGCCCACUACUAGCUGGGGUGCUCAGGAUAGGGUCAUGUCUCAGACCUGUAUCAUGAGUACAUCAAGAUCACAGCUAACGAUGAUCAACCAGUUGAUUCCUAAGAAGAGAUUGUCUGGAAAACUGAAGACUGUACAGAGACUACCCACGUAUGACAUGGAAGGUAGGGAGUUCCGAGCUCUGUUCCUUAGCACUUGUGAGCAGACCAACUCUGAUGCUUCAUCUCGAAAUCCCACCAAAAGCUUCUGCGAUCCUCACAUCUUUAACACAGCUGUUAGUCGAGCCCUAUCGCUCGUAGUUGCUAUUGGCAACCCCUUCCUACUACUCAAGACAGAGAAAACUAUGAUUGAGAAAUACGGAAAGAAAGGGGAAGUUUGGAGCAACUUUCUCAAGAGAUGCCUCGAGAACGAUACUUUCAUUAUCCCCUUAUCUUUGAACGUGACCAAAAGGAAAGAGAAAGUUAUUCGGUUGCUGCUUGAGGAUGCACUUGAGGAUGAACUUGACGAUACACUUGACGAUGAAGCUGUCCCCGAUGGUACAAGUAACGAUGCUGAUGGUAUGAACAAUGAAAGUGACUUUCCACUGCAGCCACCUCCUCCACAAGGUGAUGUUAUUCAACAUUCUCCAUCUUCAUUAAGUACACAGAGUGUCGUCAGUGGUACUAGAGCAAUGUCUGCUAGCAGUAGAUGGAAUGAAUAUGAGAGAAAAGAUCGGAUUGGCAAGGGAGGCUUUGGUGUGGUGUUUCAUGUGAAACACAAGGUGGACGAGAUGGAUUAUGCACUGAAGAUAAUCAAGCUCUCUGAAAUCCCUAAGAAGCAAGACAAGGUGGUGAAAGAAGCUACCACCCUGGCUAAGCUGAGCCACCCCAACAUCGUACGUUACUACAAUUCAUGGAAAGAGAGAGCUCCGUAUGAAUGGGCAGAGACGGAGUUCUGGUCUAUGCUAAAGAGUACUGAUUCAUUGCCAACAGCACUGAUCCCAGUAACGACUGCAAGGGGGUCUACAUCCACAACUUCCAGCUCUCCUCAUACAACAAAUACCUCCACCAGCACACAUGUUGUCUCCGCUGACUUCUCGCAAGGUGCUUUUGGACUGACCUCAGUAGUCUCGUUUCGUGAUAGUAGUGUCGACUCUCAAUCUGGCCGCCCUCAGUUCGAGAUAUUAGAAAUAGAAUCUGCUGCUACGUUAGAAACUGCUAAGAUCGAACCUGCCCCUCCACUUGAUCCUCCAAUUUGCCUGUUUAUUCAGACAGAGCUAUGUCAGAGGGACACAUUACACACCUGGCUCGGCAAGAACUGUGAGGAGAAGAGCCGAGCUAAGAGUCAAGUUAUGAGCUUCUUCAAACAGAUCCUGGAAGCACUGGUGUACAUUCAUGGGGAGAGCUUUGUACAUCGAGACCUAAAGCCGUCUAACAUUUUUUUUUCUCGUGGUGAGGGGCGUUUAAAAAUUGGAGAUUUUGGUCUGGCAAGAACGGUGGCCAUGCCACUUGGAGCCCCCACAGGUGUAGACACUACCAAACACGACUCGGCAGAUAGCUACUCUAAAGGCAGUAUGCAGGCUGGAACUCUUCUGUACAUGAGCCCAGAACAGCGUAAAGGAGAAAAGUAUGAUGAGAAGUCAGAUGUGUUUGCUCUGGGCAUCAUCUUGUUUGAACUUCACUAUAUCAUGGAGACCAGAAACCAGACUGUACAGGUGCUAUCAGCUUUGCGCAAUCUGGAAUUCCCUUCUAAUUUUGAGGAUAUCUUUCCGAAUGUGACGAAAGUUGUGAAGUUAUUACUUGCAACAGAUCCUGCUGAGAGACCAACAUGUCACAAUUUAGCUGAGAACGAGUUUUUUCAGAACCUUUUGAUAGAAGUGUCCAUAGAUGACUACAUUCCUAGGUUGUAGUUAUUGUUCACUGUCAUACCCUCCACUCCCCCCCCCCUCUCUCUCUCUCUCCCUGUAGUUUUUCAGGUACUGGUGUGUGCUAACAUUACAAUUAUAUUUAUCUUUUUUUUAUAGUAAUAUUCUUUUGUGCACUAGCUGUGUUUGCAAUCUCUGAUUUCUCUGUUCCAAAACUCUCA